AUGAUCCGCAUCCGCCACCCAGAGGGCACGAGCUCGUUCGCGCUCGACGACACAACCACGCUGUCGGCACUGCAGGCGUACAUCCAGGCCGAGAGCGGCAUCGCGCCAGCGGACCAGGAGCUCAAGAUUGGCUAUCCUCCCAAGCCGCUCGCUCUCGCGGGGCUCAGUGGCGAUACACCCGUGAGCUCGGAUUUGGUCGGUAUCAGAAAGGGUGAACAGGUGACUGUAGCACGUCGUAGCGGAAGUGGGGCUGCAACAGCCGCAUCUGCAGGUGCGUCGGAAUCGGCUGCGACCUCUUCGUUCGGACGAAUGGGAGGUCCACAACCCAUCGUGUCAACAGCAACAGGUUCGCGCUCGUACGGACUCGGUGCACGAACCCUCAACGAUGGCCUUACCGCGCGCACGCCCGGUACAUCAGCAUCUGCAAGCUCGAGUACGCCCAGCAACAAAGUGACCGAUGGAUCCGUCUCGGUGCCCCUUUCUUCCGGCCAGGGCUACCUUGCGCUCAAAGUUGUGCCGGACGACAACUCGUGUCUGUUCAACUCGAUCGGCUUUCUGUUCGAGCAGCGACUCGGGGCGGAUCUCUGCUCCGGCCUUCGGUCGACCGUCGCCGAUGCGAUUCGCUCCAAUCCGUCUGCGUAUCCGGAUAUCGUGCUCGGCCAGCCGCGCGAGGCCUACAUCUCCAAGAUCCUCAAGCCACAAACCUGGGGUGGCGCCAUCGAACUCAGCAUCCUCGCCGAGCAUUUCGGCGUCGAACUCACCUCGGUCGACGUCGCUUCUGGCGCCAUCCACCGGUUCGGCGAGGACAAGAACUUUGAGAACCGCGGCAUCGUCAUCUACUCUGGCAUCCACUACGAUGCAGUCGCUCUUAUAGACCAUCCAGGUGCGGCGUUGGAUAGGGGCACGACGGUCUUUCCGAACCUGAGCGCAGUGGGCGUCGAGGUGGAUGAGGACCCCGUUCUAGCGGCGGCGAAACAACUCGCACAGCAGCUCAAGCAGCGCAGAUACUACACCGACACCGCCAGCUUCAGCCUCAAGUGCAAGACGUGCGGCACCAAGCUCACGGGCGAGAAGCAGGCGGUCGAGCAUGCAAAGUCCACCGGCCACGGCGACUUUGGCGAAGUAUAG